AUGGUUCACUCUCUACCCUCUCUUGUAUUCUCACUCCACCUUCACUCCACUUCCCAACCCAACCAAAUCCACCCCUCAAGAACCCAUCAACCACCCACUUCAGAAACCUUCUCACACCUCCUCCACAGCUUCAACUCACCAUCCGAGUUCAAACAAGUACACACCCACAUCGUCAAAACCAACACUCCCCUCUCAGUCCUCCCCUUCUCUCGAGUCGGCUCAGUUUGCGCCUUCACUCCUAGUUUUGCUUACGCACAACAAAUCUUUGAUCAAGCAGAGAAGCCCCAGAUUGUUGUGUGGAAUUCUUGUUUGAAAGCCUUUGCGGAAAGUGAAUCUCCGGUUGAUGCAAUUUCUUUGUUCUAUCGAUUGAGAGAGUUUAAUGUAUGUCCUGACUCUUUCACGUGUUGUUUUGUUCUCAAGGCAUGCACGCAAUUGUUGGACGUUUUGAAUGGUAGGAUUGUUCAUGGGGUUGUUGAGAAACUUGGGUUUCAGUCGAAUUUGUUUUUAAAGAACUCGAUUAUUCAUUUGUAUGCUAGUUGUGGUGAGAUGGACAUUGCUCGCUUUCUGUUUGAGAAAAUGCCGCAGAGAGAUGUUGUGACUUGGAAUAUAAUGAUAACGCGGUUGGUAAAGCAGGAGGACGUCGAUGGGGCUUUCGGGUUGUUUUCGCAAAUGCCGGAGAGAAGUGUGAGGUCGUGGACUGCCAUGAUUGCGGGUUUUGUCCAGUGUGGGAAGCCGAAGGAUGCAAUUGGUCUUUUUACGCAAAUGGAAGAGGCUGGUUUGAGGCCGAAUGAGGUGACCGUGGUGGCUGUUCUUGCAGCCUGUGCUGAUUUGGGUGCACUGGACCUUGGCAGGAGGAUUCAUGACUACUCGAACCAAAGUGGGUUUGGAAGAAACACUCAUGUUUGUAACACUCUGAUUGAUAUGUACAUCAAAUGUGGAUGCUUGGAAGCUGCGCGUAGAGUAUUUGAUGACAUGGAAGAACGGACAAUUGUGUCAUGGUCGGCAAUGAUCCAAGGGCUUGCAAUGCAUGGACAAGCAGAGGAAGCACUAAAACUAUUUGCUAGGAUGACCCGAAUAGGCAUCAAGCCAAAUGGGGUCACCUUUAUCGGUCUGUUACAUGCUUGUAACCACAUUGGAUUGAUAGAUGAGGGGCGCAGUUUUUUUGCCAAGAUGACUAAUGAUUAUAGAAUAAUUCCCCAAAUCGAACACUAUGGUUGCAUGGUUGAUCUUUUAAGUCGAGCGGGGCUUCUUCAAGAGGCCCAUAACUUCAUCAUUAAUAUGCCUAUCAAACCGAAUGGGGUGGUGUGGGGAGCUCUUCUUGGUGGAUGCAGAGUCCACAAGCACAUUGAAUUGGCUGAGGAGGCAAUUAAAAACCUUCUUGAAUUGGACCCGUUGAACGAUGGAUACUAUGUAGUUUUGUCCAACAUCUACGCAGAAGCAAAGCGGUGGGAAGACGUAUCAAGAGUGAGGAAGUUGAUGAGAGAUCAAGGGGUGAAGAAGACGCCUGGGUCAAGUUCAAUCACUAUAGAUGGUGUGGUCCAUGAGUUUGUGGCCGGAGAUGAGACCCAUCCUCAAGCCAAGGAGAUAUUUCAAAGGUGGGAAAAGCUGUUGGAAGAAAUGAGGCUAAAAGGUUAUGAACCAAACACUUCAGUGGUUCUGCUUGACAUGGAAGAGAAUGAGAAGGAGAAAGUCCUGAAUCGCCAUAGUGAGAAGUUAGCUCUGGUUUUUGGGCUCAUGAAGACACCAACCAGAACACCAAUCAGGAUUAUGAAGAACCUUCGUGUUUGUGAAGAUUGUCAUGCUGCUUUGAAACUAAUAUCUGGCAUUGUUGACCGAGAGAUAAUAGUGGGUGACCGAAACAGGUUCCAUUGUUUUAAAGAUGGUUCUUGUUCUUGCAAGGAUUAUUGGUAA